AUGGCAGCCGUCCUCACGCCCCAGGCAAAGCCCUCCUCGGGGAACACGACGCUGCACGAACACUACAACUAUGUGGGGAAGCUGGAGGGCAGGCUGAAGGAAGCCACGCAGGGCAGCACGCUCACCAUGGCCCUGUUCCUGAUCAUCUGUAGCUUCAUUGUCUUGGAGAACCUGAUGGUUUUGAUUGCUAUCUGGAAAAACAACAGGUUUCACAAUCGCAUGUACUUUUUCAUCGGCAACCUGGCUCUCUGCGACUUGCUGGCCGGCAUAGCAUACAAGGUCAACAUUCUGAUGUCGGGCAAGAGGACGCUCAGCCUGUCUCCGACGGUCUGGUUUGUCAGAGAAGGCAGUAUGUUCGUGGCCCUUGGGGCCUCCACCUGCAGCUUGUUGGCCAUUGCUAUUGAAAGACACUUGACAAUGAUCAAAAUGAGGCCUUAUGAUGCCAACAAGAAACACCGCGUCUUCCUCCUGAUCGGAAUGUGCUGGCUCAUUGCCUUCUCCCUGGGCGCCUUACCCAUCCUGGGCUGGAACUGCCUGCACAACCUCUCCGACUGCUCCACCAUCCUGCCUCUGUACUCUAAGAAGUACAUCACGUUUUGCAUCAGCAUCUUCAUAGCCAUUUUGGUGACGAUCGUGAUCCUCUAUGCACGCAUCUAUUUCCUGGUGAAGUCCAGCAGCCGCAAGGUGACCAACCCCAACAACUCAGAGCGGUCCAUGGCCCUGCUGCGGACAGUGGUGAUCGUGGUGAGUGUGUUCAUUGCCUGCUGGUCCCCGCUCUUCAUCCUCUUCCUCAUCGAUGUGGCCUGCAGGGUGAAGGAGUGUGCUGUCCUGUUCAAGGCCCAGUGGUUCAUCAUGCUGGCUGUGCUCAACUCCGCCAUGAACCCCAUCAUCUACACGCUGGCCAGCAAGGAGAUGCGGCGGGCCUUCUUCCGUCUGGUCUGCAACUGCCUGGUCAAGGGCCGGGGUGCCCGCUCCUCGCCCAUCCAGCCCGCUUUGGAUCCAAGUCGCAGCAAAUCGAGCAGCAGCAACAACAGCAGCCACUCCCCGAAGAUCAAGGAAGACCUUCCCCAAACACCCACCUCAUCCCGUGUCACUGACAACAACAAAACACUAACAAAUGGGAUCCACUGCAAGUGA